AUGAGCAGCAGCUCAGGCUCUCAGACAAACCGUGUUCUAAGGCAGCCGGACUUGAGGUCAGAGAAGAUCGCCAAAGCCAAGUGGGACUUUCUUUUUGGGGCGCCAUCUGAAGAAUGUUGUUUGACUGAAGGUGCUGCCUCGGUGGCCCCCAGCAGGCGCACAGCUGGCUCCUCUGUUGGCGUGGCCCGGGACAGUGUGGGCCAGAGGCUGCUGCAUCACAAAGUGCAGCAGAUUGCGGUGGAGCUCUUCACCCCAGACCCCCGCUGCACCAACUCUGGAAUCAUCCGUCGAACUCUGAAGUACUCCGAGACCGACCUGGACACAGUACCGCUGCGCUGUUACCGGGAGACUGAUCUGGAUCAGGUGAUGCAGGCUGAAGCUGAUGUGUUUGAGGAGAAUGAAACCGAGGUGGACUCUGCCUUUGGAAGUGACCGCAGUAUUCUGGGCGCUUCCUGUUUCAGUCCUGAAGAUGUAAAAUCUAAAUACUCCCAUGAUGAAGAGUCUAAGGCAGGCUCCAUUGGAAGAGGGGAGAACAACAUCAGACGAGAGAUGAUCCGAGACUCCAGACCUUUGGGUGCAGACCCUGACCCUAAAUGCGGCCUCAAGUCUCCAAUUGCCCUGAACAGUCCACGGUGCUCUUCAGAUGGCAACCUGGACUCUUUCAGCCGCCAUUUUGAAAAUAUUAUGGAAUCACACAGGGCCAAGGGAACUUCCUACAGCAGCCUGGACAGCGUGGAUGUCCUGACCACCGGGUCCACCUCAGUUUUUACUUUUGACCUUCCCACACUCACCCCUGAGAUACAGACACAAAUUUCAGACACUGCCCGGCAGCUGAUGGACCUGAGCUUUGCGCCUCUGUCCCGCUCUAUCCUCCCCAGUGCCUCAGGGACCACUGCAUCUGAAGUGUCUCCCAGUGUCUCUAAAAGGACCCAGGACUCUUCAGCAAAAAAGGAUUUGCCUCGAAAAGAGGGGUUUAAAAAAGAUCUGAUUCAUGGCUGUUUGAUGGCAAGACUCCUGUGUUGGCACAUAGGAGUUUUGGAGGAGGACAGGGAGCUGUACACUCCGCUCUACCUGGCCUCAUACACGGAGCAUGUGAAGCGUCCUCCGGAGCUGCUGUAUCCUCAGGCCGAAGUGGCACAGCGUUUGACUCACGCCGACAGCAUCGAUGCUCUGAACGGCAUCAAAGCGGAUCUACAGGCUGCCAAGCGGCUGGCUCAGCGGCUCUACAGCCUGGAAGGCUUCAAGAAGUCAGAUGUGGCCCGACACCUCAACAAAAAUAAUGAGUUCAGCUGCUCCGUGGCAGAGGAAUACCUCAGCCUCUUCGACUUCAGUGGUCUCUCCGUCGACCAGGCGCUCAGGUUAUUUCUGAGGCGGCUGGCUUUGAUGGGAGAGACUCAGGAACGAGAGAGACUCCUCACUCACUUCUCCCACAGAUACACACAAUGCAACCCUCAAUGCCUCAACACUGAAGACAGUGUCCACACUUUGACUUGUGCUGUCAUGCUGCUAAACUCAGACCUUCAUGGAAAUAAUCUGGGGAAGAGGAUGUCCUGCAGCCAGUUUAUCUCAAACUUGGAAGGACUCAAUGACGGAAAAGACUUCCCCAAAGAGCUUCUGAAGACGCUGUACACGUCCAUCCGGAGUGAGAAACUACAGUGGACUAUUGAUGAGGAGGAAGUGCAGAAGUCUGGGACCACUGUGGCAACAGACGCUCGAAAAGAUUCUGCGUCCCACACACUGAAGCGCCAGGGCCCCAGCGGGAACUCUCUGCUCAACAUGGCUCAGCAGACCAACGAGCAGCUCUACAAGAGCGGGCUCUUGGUGCGCAAGGUCCACGCUGAUCCAGACGGAAAGAGAACACCACGAGGGAAAAGGGGAUGGAAGUCUUUCCACGCCACGCUGAAGGGCCUGGUGCUCUACCUGCAGAAGGAGGAAUACCGCUCGGGUCAGGAGCUGACUCAGGAGGACCUGAAGAACGCGGUGUCUGUGCACCACUCUUUGGCCAUGAGAGCAGUGGAUUACAGCAAACGAGCAAACGUCUUCUACCUGAGGACGGCCGACUGGAGGGUGUUCCUCCUGCAGGCAUCGACGACGGAGCAGAUGCAGUCCUGGAUCACUCGCAUUAACAUAGUAUCAGCCAUGUUCUCUGCUCCACCCUUCCCACCGGCCAUUGGCUCUCAGAAGAGGUUCAGCCGCCCCCUUCUGCCAGGGUCCAACUCCAAACUGUCCCAGGAAGACCAGCUGAAGUCUCAUGAAAACCGCUUUCGCGCUGUGUCUGCUGAGCUGACGGAGCUCAUCUCAGAUUCCAAGAGUAAAGGUCGAGAAGUGGAGGAGCAAAAACAACGGCAGGAGUAUCUGGAAUUUGAGAAAACCCGCUACGGCACGUAUGCCAUGCUGAUGCGGGCAAAACUCCAGUUUGCCACUGAUGACCUCUCUGCCUUCGAGUCCCGAUUGUUGAGUGAAAGUGGUCUCCAAAGAGCCCACUCCAGCCCUGCCCUGCCCCAGUACAGCUCUUUGAAAGACAGGGGCCCAAGCAGCAGGUUCAGGAGUCUCAAAGUCACCUCAACGCAGACCAAAGAGGAGAGCCAGAAUGGGACCAAGCCAGACAACAACGCAGAGAGCAAGACUGAAUUGCCUUAA